AUGAAAAAAAGAACUGCAGAUAAGCACAGAUAUAUGACGACGAAGAGAACGGAGACAUGGAUUGAAUAUGGCUCUAUUGCUGAGUGCGCUCUCUGUCAGUCUAUACAGAAUCUAUAUUCUUGGUAUCUCCAGCUGCCACUACACAUGCAUCUCGUAUAUACCCAGGGGUUUGGCAAGCCGCAACCGCGGAUAAAACUUCGGUAUGCAUUCCGCGGAGGACAGCCAGAGUCCAUAUAUCGAUGCGUGUUUUGGUGGCUUCGACCUUGUACAACAAAGGGGCCGUCACCUGGGAUAUGUAAGUGA